CAGGUUGGUUUUGCUCUUUUGAGACUUCCCCUUGCUUUCAUUUCCAAUUUAUCUCGAGCAUGAAGAAUAAACUGAACGAUCCAAAUGUUGCAGGAGAAGGCAGCAACUGCAACAAGAGCAAGGAUGUAUGCAGCACUGGUGCUGGCAGUCGUAACCCUUGGCCAUACAGAAUAAAGCUUACACCAGACAGUAUGCGUUGGGACAGCCUUAAGAUUUCACCUUCAAGGGAAUUUCAGGAUCACAUUUUGCAGAACUUGCCUGAAGAUAGCCAUAAAGCUUUGGAAUUAUGGCACCCGAUUGAAGUAUCAAUUUAUGAUGUUGAUACUCAUGAAACUUACGAGCUAAACUUGGCAAAGAAAGAGUCUUUUUGGUUUGAACCUUUACCUGAUGCGAGGCGGCAAAAGGAAAUUUCUGCUUCUUCUGAUAGAAAAACACCAGAGAACUGUUCAGAUGAAUUCAAGGAGAUGCCAGAAAAGUUUGCUUAUUCUCUUCAACCUUUUAGAAACAUUGUCAGGAAGAGGAGUCUCAGCUAUGAUCAAGAGAUCGGUUUACACUGGUCUGGCAGUGGAACUGUCAACAAAAUAGACUUCUCAGUUUUAUAUGCACCGAGGUCAGGGUUGCACAACUUUUGAUUUUGAGAGGCUGAUUCAGGAAAACCGAGCAACCAUUAGCAAAAAAGAUUUGCUAAGGAGAAAUUGUCGAUGUAAUCUUUGUCUACCUUUCAACUUACCCAUGUAUCUAUAUAAAGAAAUUUAUCUUCUCGAUGGAUUGAUCCUAAAAAAAUCAUAUCAUAUAAAAGUAAUCCAUAAAGUGACAAAUAUAUUAAAAAGCAAGCAGUAAUAGCACUCCAUUGCAAAAAAAAAAUAUGUAUACCUUAAAUAAAAUCAAGGAGAACAACAAUCCAGCAGCUGAGAUGUACUCUGCGUUACCUUGCGCCUUUGCACACAAGGGUGAGUUCAGUAUCGGGAGGAUUUGUCGUCCUUAUUAGCUUGUGACUCACUCGCAUUGGUUUCCUGAAUCCUCAUCAACAGAAGAAUCGAAAGAAGACUCCUAUAAAUUCUAUUU